GGUUCUCCCCGCAGGGAACAAGCCUGCUGCCCCGCGUGCCCUGUUCGUCGGAGGGGCGCGUUGCGCGGCGGAUUUCUCCGCACCUGCUCCUCGGAGGGGCGCGGUGGCGGUCGGGCAGCGGGGUGGGGAGUGCAGACUUGCCUUCGUCAGAUUUGCAUGAAGAAGGCAGGCAAGGAAGUCGCUUUCCAGGCGCGGUGCUGCACCAUCUUAGCCAUCCUGGGCCCCGGAGGACACAGAGCCGCAUCCCAAAAGCAGGGGCUUGUAUUUUUUUGCGGGGAGGUGGGUCUCAGCGUCAGCCCUAUCUUUUCCCUCCCUCCCUCUGGGUGCGGGGGGGGGGGUUGGCAGCUUUCCUACCAUGUUGCUAUGGCGGAGACGAAGAGGAGAGGGGGGAGGAGGAAGCCUCGCCUCGGUUCUGCCCUGCAGGCGGGGGGGAGCAUCACUUCGCCGGGAGCCGCGGAGAAGGAGCAAGAGCAGGAGGAGGAGACGGGGCGGGCGCAAAGGAGGCGGCGGCGGCGCCGAGGAAGGGAGGGACGGCGGGCAGCCCAACCCAGCUCGGGCUCCGCUCUGUUCCAUGCGCGCCCGGGUCUCCCGCGGAGUUUCCCCACUCGCUGAGCGCCCGGAGGCCGGGCAAGGAGGAGGAGGAGGAAGGAAAGCAACGCGCUGCCCGACGGAGCCAGACCAGGUUGUUGCUGCCGCUCCUCCAAGACGUCCGGGGGCUCGCCGGAGAUGCGCGGUUGAGCGCGGGGCUUGCGCGAACAGCGGAGGCGCACAGCUCAGGUGGCCUUGGAAUGGAAAGGCAGCUGAGAUAAUGACCCUAAUCUCUGCUUUGGAGACGGAGCACAUUUUCUUCUUUCCCUGGUCCCAAACUGGAUUGAUUUGAGGACGUCAAUGAUGAAGCUGACCUGCAUGUUCUCCUUCAUCCUGCUGUUUGGAGCAGCUGGGCUGGUUGUCUUCAUCCACCUGCAGGAUCCAGAAGAAAUUGUUCAUCAGCAAACACCAGGAUUGAGAUAUCACACGGGAUCACAGCAACCCAAAAAAGACUGCACAUCCAGCAACAAUCAGGACGGGAAAAUGCCUCUGUACGCUGCUGACAAAUUCCCAAUCGCGAACCAGAAGGCUUCGCUACACCCCGUGCCCAAUGGAGCUGCCCUGGAAGAAGGCGCAAGCAGAAAGCAGAACAUCCUGGUGGUGAUUAAAGACCAUUCCCAAAAAAGCGCAGGAGCUAAUUCUGCCCGGACUCAUAAACGGAGGAGGAGGUUUGUGAUCAAGAAGAGCCCCAUCCUGAUAGCUGUCAACAGCUCCUUCCACAACCUGCCCAUUUUGAAAUCAGAGGACAGGAAUGACGUCAAGUGGAAAAGCCUCUACAAGACCCAAAGAGAGCGAAAGCAGAUCAUGAGAGAGACUUGCUCGAAAUACAAGAGCAACAACAAAAGGAUCAUCACACCUUAUCACGUUUCCAGGAUCUUCGUUGAAGAUAAGUACCGAAUUUUAUACUGCGAAGUUCCCAAGGCCGGUUGCUCCAACUGGAAAAGGGUCCUCAUGGUCCUUAAUGGACUGGCCUCCUCGACCAAGGUCAUACAACACAACACGGUGCAUUAUGGGAAUUAUCUGAAAAGGCUGGAUGGGUUUGAUCGCAAAGGGAUCAACCACAGGCUGAACACUUACACGAAGAUGCUCUUUGUCCGUGAACCUUUUGAAAAAUUGGUCUCGGCGUUUCGAGACAAGUUUGAGCAUCCCAACAAUUACUACCACCCAGUUUUUGGCAGACCUAUCAUUUCAAGAUACCGCGUCAAUGCCACGAAGGAGGCUCUGAGGACAGGUUCUGGGGUAACCUUUAAAGAGUUCAUUCAAUAUCUUCUUGAUGUCCACCGGCCUGUGGGCAUGGAUAUUCACUGGGACCAUGUCAACAGGCUCUGUAGCCCGUGCUUGAUAGACUAUGAUUUUAUUGGUAAAUUUGAAACCAUGGAGGAAGAUGCUAACUUCUUUUUGCAUUUAAUAAAUGCGCCACAAAAUUUGACUUUUCCUAGGUUUAAAGACAGGCAUUCUGAUGAAGAGAGAACAACCACCCAAAUUACACAGCAAUAUUUCAAACAGCUCUCCCCUUCUCAAAGGCAACGUAGCUACGAUUUCUAUUACAUGGAUUAUCUGAUGUUUAACUACUCAAAGCCUUUUGAAGAUCUGUAUUGACAGUGGCAGAGGCACUGGGAGCUACUGUUGUGGUUCCCCAUAUGCAAGUCUGUGUAAAAUAAGUUCCAAAUAAACUGUACCCAUUGGCAAAUAA